UAAUAGAAUGUCUCGUUUGACGGUUGCUUUGUAUCUGACGUCACUACUUGUAUGCGUGAUGUCACAAACUCCCACUGUGCCCACGGCACACGUCGCCCAUUUUGACAUGGUCUUCAAGGAUGCUGACAGCAACAGCGAUGGGAAACUGGAUCGUAACGAGUUUAUUGAAAGCUUUAAGAUUUACGACGCAAAUGGUGACGGUAUUGUGACAAAGCAGGAAUACAUGGACUUUAAUCAACUGACAAUGCCCCAUCACAUGCAUGUUGUAGACCCCAUGUUUACCUGGUACGACACGGACAAAGACGGGCAGUUGAACGUCCAGGACUAUCAGAGCUUUUUCCCAUUGAUGGACGCCAAUGGGGAUAAUCAGGUGACGGAGCUAGAGUUUGACAGCUACUGGGAGACAACUUUCAGAAACGAAGGUCUAAUCUAAUCAUCUGGCCAGGGUCAAUAACUCUUGGUACAAGGGAGAAGACACGAUAAGGUUAACA